GUCAGAACGGUGGCAAGGACAGUUCAAGUUUGGAGCUUCCUUCUCUACUAACCGUGCUGUCUGGGGGAAUCUAGGUAUGUAUCCGUUUCCUUUACAGUGUUUCUUGUUGUUGUUGUUGUUGUUGUUGUUGUCUAUAGGAUUGUGUAUUCAUUAAUGAUGUGUCAAAGUUGACGUAUUUUGGGUUUCUGUUACAGAACUAUGCCUUUGUUUAACUUCUCUAUCCUGUUCUCCCCCUUCCUUCCUUUAUCUUCUCUCUCUUCUCUCUCUCUCUCUCUCUCUCUCUCUCUCUAUCUCUCUCUCUCUCUCUCUCUCUCUCUCUCUCUCUCUCUCUCUCUCUCUCUCUCUCUCUCUCUCUCUCUCUCUCUCACCUCCCUCUAUCUCUCUCCCCCUGAACUCCCCCCCAGACUCCCUGCUAUGGAGGCAGUAGGUAAGUAUGACUUUACUGCCACUGCUGACGACGAGCUGAGCUUCAGGAAGGGAGACAACAUAAAGGUAAAGAGGACAGCAAUCCCCUUCUACACUAGUAGUGUACACUAGCAAGGGCACAUACUGUAGUAAACAUAAGUAGACAACACUUAUGUCGGAAUAAAUACUCCAUACAACACUGUCUUGCAAACCCAUUGUUAGUUGAUAGGCGCUAACAUGUUGGUCGCAGGCCUUUGUUAUCGCAUACAGUAAGCUAUGUUGUGAGACAGUGAGUAAAUUGGAAAGCAUGGAUAAGUCAUACAGUAUUCACAGCAUUUCCUGUUUGCACUCUGUGACUUAUUACGUUUACAUUUUAGUCAUUUAGCAGACGCUCUCAUCCAGAGCGACUUACAGUUAGUGAGUGCAUAAUUGUUUUUUUUUGUUCAUACUGGUCCCCAUGUGGGAAACAAACCCACAACAAACCCACAGCCAUGCUCUACCAACUGAGCUACAUGGGACUAUAUAUAUACACAUUCUGUGUGUGUGUGUGUGUGUGUGUGUGUGUGUGUCCCACUCCUCUGUUCUCUGUAGAUCUUGGGCCCCGAUGAUGACUGGUUGAAGGCUGAGCUACAUGGAAAGGAGGGAUUCAUACCACGGAACUACAUCAACAUACACCUGCCCAGGUCCUACUUAUUACCCAAGACAAUCAAGCAGUAGUGUGUGUCUGUGUGUGUCGGCUAUGUGAUGUCUGUGUGUAAGCAGGUGUGAACAAUAUCCUAUGUUAUGAAAAGUACUAAAUACUAUUUUGUUUACUGCUCUCCCUCUCCCCCCUUCUCACCCACUCUCUCUCUCCCCCUCUCUCCUCCCUCCCCCUCUCCCCCAUCUCUAGUUGGUACCAGGAGAGUGCUAGUCGAGGUGAGGCCCAGGAGUCUCUCAUGGCCCAGCCUAUAGGAUCCUUUCUGAUCAGGGGCAGCGAGAGCUCCCCAGGAGAUUUCUCCAUAUCCGUUAGGUCAGUGUGUGUGUGUCUUUACAUUAAAAAGUUAGAUGAAUGUACACGACAACAUCAUUGGCCACAUAUUCGCCUCAUAUUUGCACCAUAUCACUAUACCUAUCUACCUCUCCUCUCCUCUCCCAGACACGAGGCAGACGUGCAGCACUUCAAGGUGAUGAGAGACAGCAGAGGGCAGUAUUACCUCUGGGCUGAGAAGUUCAGCUCCCUCAACGAGUUGGUGGACUAUUACAAGAACAACUCUGUCUCUAAACACAGCCGCGUCUAUCUGCUGGACACAGUAACACAGGUACUGGUUAUAAGUAGUUAUAAAGGGUUUAUAAGGGUUUAUGAAGGGCUUAUACCUAGUUAAUAAAGGAGCUGGUGGAGUACUAUAUGAAGAACUCUGUCUCUAAACACAGCCGCAUCAAUCUGCUGGACACAGGAACACAGGUAGGAGUAUAACUAUGGAGGAUCCCUAUUCAGUAAAUGAUGGUAUAGUCUAAUUCAAGCUUGAUUAGGAUAAAUAGCUAAAACUGUUAAUUAUCGGUUUAUCGAAUCUGGAAAAAAAUGUUAUAACAGUGCUCUCUCUCUCAUUUCACUUUUCUUCCUAGGAGAGGGGAUUCAGCCAGACCAGGCCAUCAGUCCCAUCCUCUCAGCCCCAGUUUCACCAGCCCCAGCCCCGCGCACCCCAGCCUCACCAACCCCUGCCCCGCGCACCCCAGCCUCACCAACCCCUGCCCCGCACACCCCAGCCUCACCAACCCCUGCCCCGCACACCCCAGCCUCACCAACCCCUGCCCCGCGCUCCCCAGCCUCACCAACCCCUGCCCCGCACACCUGACCCUAUACCCCCACCACAGGUAGUAUACGCUCAACAACUAAAUCCCUCCUCUGUGUGUGUGUGUACAUGUAUGUGCCUCCAUGCAUGUGUUUGUAUGUCUAGAAUCUAGCUAUGUGUCUAAUCAACCCCUGUGUGUGUACCUGUGUUCCAGCGUGCGGCCGUGACCACGGGGGGCGGUGGUCUGAUGCAGGUGAGAGCUCAGUAUGACUUCAACGCCGAGGAGAAGGACGAGCUGAGCUUGAAGGCCGGUGACAUCAUCGAGGUGCUAGAGUGUUCCGACAUGUCAUGGUGGAAAGGAAGACUGAGGGGACGAACGGGA